CAGGAUUUUUUGCAGCCAUCGAGCCGCGCUCAGAGAAGCAGAGAUGGAUGGAGAGCAGGACCCCGAGCGGUCGCAGGGCCCCGGGCUCACCAUGGCCGACGCAGAUGAGGGCUUUGGCCUGGCACACACACCCCUGCAACCAGACUCGAAGGAUCUGCCCUGUGACUCAAAACCUGAGAGCACGCUAGGGGCCCCGAGCAAGUCCCCUUCGUCCCCACAGGCUGCCUUCACCCAGCAGGGCAUGGAAGGGAUCAAGGUGUUUCUCCAUGAAAGAGAACUGUGGCUGAAAUUCCAUGAAGUGGGCACGGAAAUGAUCAUAACCAAGGCUGGCAGGCGGAUGUUUCCCAGUUACAAAGUGAAGGUGACCGGCCUUAAUCCCAAAACGAAGUACAUUCUCCUCAUGGACAUCGUUCCCGCCGAUGACCACAGAUACAAGUUCGCGGAUAAUAAAUGGUCUGUGACGGGCAAAGCGGAGCCCGCCAUGCCGGGCCGCCUCUACGUGCACCCAGACUCACCGGCCACCGGGGCGCAUUGGAUGCGGCAGCUCGUCUCCUUCCAGAAGCUCAAGCUCACCAACAACCACCUGGACCCUUUUGGGCAUAUUAUUCUAAAUUCCAUGCACAAAUACCAGCCCAGAUUACACAUCGUGAAAGCUGACGAAAAUAAUGGAUUUGGCUCAAAAAAUACCGCGUUCUGUACCCACGUCUUUCCUGAGACAGCGUUUAUUGCGGUGACUUCCUACCAGAACCACAAGAUCACCCAGUUAAAGAUUGAGAAUAACCCCUUCGCCAAAGGAUUCCGGGGCAGCGAUGACAUGGAGCUGCACAGAAUGUCUAGAAUGCAGAGUAAAGAAUAUCCCGUGGUUCCCAGGAGCACAGUGAGACAGAAAGUGGCUUCCAACCACAGUCCUUUCAGCAGUGAGCCUCGAGCUCUCUCCACCUCAUCCAACUUGGGGUCCCAGUACCAGUGUGAGAAUGGUGUGUCCGGCCCCUCCCAGGACCUCCUGCCCCCACCCAACCCGUACCCGCUGCCCCAGGAGCACGGCCAAAUUUACCAUUGCACCAAGAGGAAAGAUGAAGAAUGUUCCACCACAGAGCACCCCUACAAGAAGCCCUACAUGGAGACGUCGCCCAGCGAAGAGGACCCCUUCUACCGCGCCGGCUACCCCCCGCAGCAGGGCCUGGGGGCCUCCUACAGGACAGAGUCAGCCCAGAGGCAGGCCUGCAUGUACGCCAGCUCGGCGCCGCCCAGCGAGCCGGUGCCCAGCCUGGAGGACAUUAGCUGCAACACCUGGCCCAGCAUGCCUUCCUACAGCAGCUGCACCGUCACCACCGUGCAGCCCAUGGACCGGCUCCCCUACCAGCACUUCUCUGCUCACUUCACCUCGGGGCCCCUGGUCCCCCGGCUGGCCGGCAUGGCCAACCACGGCUCCCCGCAGCUCGGGGAGGGGAUGUUCCAGCACCAGACCUCCGUGGCCCACCAGCCUGUGGUCAGGCAGUGUGGGCCUCAGACUGGCCUCCAGUCCCCGGGCAGCCUUCAGGCCUCAGAAUUCCUGUACUCUCACGGCGUGCCAAGGACCCUGUCCCCGCAUCAGUACCACUCCGCCGUGCACGGGGUCGGCAUGGUUCCAGAGUGGAACGAGAACACCUAAGGUGAGGCCUGCCUCUUCGCCGACAUGGGCUCAAGGGACAGGGGAGAGAGGGAGAGAGACAGUCGCAGAGAGAACCC